AUGAUAUCUACUAAAGUAAAUCGCUGUAGAUCUUCAAAACAAGCCCUUAACGAAACCGUAGAAAGCCAAAUGAAAAGUCGUCAACGUUUGGUUGAUAUGGCUCUAGCGAAUCGUGACCUCCAAAUUGAAAUAUGGCACUAUGCAUAUUUGAAUUCAUCUCUGUCUUCAGAAAUUGAAGGACUUCAGAGUGAACUUGCGAGUUUACACAAUGAAGAACACUGUAGUAAUGAAAACGCCAAUGCUGUGAAUUCGAAGCCGAAGAAAUGUCAUGCAUUGGAUUCAGAUGAAAUUGAUAAACUUUAUUUAAGAAAUCAGGAUCUUAAUAAAGUGGAGACGAAUAAAAUUGAAUCACAAGAAAAAGGAAAAGAAGAAAAUACUUCAGCCAAAUUAUCCCUGGGAAAUGGUGGAGACUCUACAACUACCACUACUACUGGUGUUAGUACAAGUGACAGAAUGGUGGGACCUUCAAGAAUUGUUCCAUACAAAGAAGUACCGCAGCAAUGUAAACCUUCGUGA